UUAGCUCGGCCGCCGAACUUCACUGCACAGUUGAGGUAGGAACGUUGCAUUACAACCACGUUUUAACAGAUGAAUCCCUUGGAAGUAACUCAGUGCUCUGUGUCCGCGGGGUUCUGUAUCCGCGCAUCCACCCAACGGCGGGAAAAAGAAAAGCGGCUGCGCGCGCACCGAAGGUGCAGCUGCCUUUCCUUAUCAUUCGCAGAACCACGAGGUACUGCCAGGGUUUCCGCAGUGCCUGCGUCCUCUUGGGUGUUACAAGCCCUCCAGAGUGACGCCCGGCGCAGGAGGCCGCGCGUGCACCCCACGACCUCUUCCAGGGGGGCCUGGAGCAGCCCUCCGCCCCACCGAGGGCCAGCUGUGGUUCCCGCCGCGCGUCCUGCGGACACACUCCUGCCCUUUGCCGAACGCACCUGCACCCGCGCAGCGCGGGGUGCGCUUAGGGCGGCCCCGAACCGCUUUUCUUCUGGGAACCACGCGGCGGGACGCGGGUUUCGGAUUCCCUGGGGGCAGCCUUGCUGUGAGUGAACAAGCGCGGAGGCCGAGCUUCUUGCAAACGGACUCCGGACUCCGAGAGGCAACGACUUUUGUGCCUCACCAAAGUGACUGCUUGGGUGCCGGCCGAGCCCUGCCCCUGGAACCCACGGGCGGCCACUGCGCAGGCGCCUCUCCCGGCUGGCGGCUCCGCCCCGCCCCGACCGGCGGCUCCAUGGCGCUGUGCGAGGCUGCGGGCUGCGGGAGCGCCCUGACCUGGCCUCGCUUGUUGCUCUUCGGGGACUCCAUCACCCAGAAAAUGUGAUGUUCUGAAUCGUGGAUUCUCAGGUUACAAUACCAGAUGGGCCAAAAUUAUCCUUCCAAGAUUAAUCAGGAAAGGAAACAGCUUGGACAUCCCAGUAGCAGUUACAAUUUUCUUUGGGGCCAAUGACAGUGCAUUAAAAGGCUGGAAUGAAGUGAUACGAUCUCGGCUCACUGUAACUUCCACCUCCCAGGUUCAAAUGAUUCUCCUGCUUCAGCCUCCCGAGUAGCUGGGAUUACAGAUGAGAAUCCCAAGCAGCACAUUCCCCUGGAGGAGUAUGCUGCGAAUUUAAAGAGCAUGGUGCAGUACCUGAAGUCUGUGGACAUCCCUGAGAAUCGAGUCAUUCUCAUCACGCCGACCCCACUUUGUGAAACAGCCUGGGAAAAAGAGUGCAUCAUACAAGGUUGCAAACUAAAUCGCCUAAACUCUGUUGUUGGUGAAUAUGCCAAUGCGUGUUUACAAGUGGCCCAAGACUGUGGGACUGACGUACUUAACCUGUGGACCCUGAUGCAGGACAGCCAGGACUUCUCAUCUUAUUUAUCAGAUGGACUACAUUUGUCUCCAAAGGGGAAUGAAUUUUUGUUCUCCCAUCUCUGGCCUUUGAUAGAGAAAAAGGUCUCUUCUCUGCCUUUGUUGCUUCCUUACUGGCGGGAUGUAGCAGAAGCAAAACCUGAAUUAAGUCUGCUGGGAGAUGGAGACCAUUAGCCAAUCACAGGAGACCCAAGUCUGCUUGUUAAUCUACAGAACUCAAAGUUGCCAAUGCAUAGAGGUACCCUUUUUUCCUCAGGCUUAAACCUUUGCCACUGAUAAUAAAAGUAUCAGGAUUUUUCAGGGAAGUUUUGUACUUAGGUCCAUUGUGUUUUGACAGUAUUUGUUAAUACACGUAUCAGUGCUACGGCUUCAAAAUACACUCUGAGCAGCUUGUUAAUUCUAUAAAUGAUGAAGACUAUUUUUUUUUAAAGUCACAAUUUUAUAAAAAUGGUUUU